AUGAAGUACACAUUGAUAAUAUUUUUAAUAAUACUUAUAAAUAAAACUAAGUGUAAUGUGACUGCUAAUGCUAAAAAUGUGGGCGAAGGAGAUGUUUCGACCACACGACUGCCGUCAGAAUUUUCUGGGAAUAAAAAUCUAAGUGACAAAAAGCUUGAGUCUCCGAUAAAUGUGGGGGAUGGUGGAAGUAGUGUGUACCUGGAUGAUGUGAUAUUUGCCAUGAAGAAUCAGAACUGGACUGCAGAAGAAAAGCCGUGUUUGGAUCAUAUCUACCGUUUGCUCGCUGGCUUGCAGAAUUUUACUCUUUGGGCUGUUUGGGAAUGGGACGCCCAAGCAUCAGAACCACAAGGUCUUUUAUUUGGCAAUCGCUACCAGCUUGGUAACUUCGACCAGUGUAUGAAAGCACCCUGGUCGAGGACCCAUCCAGAGUUGAAGACCAAAUACUGCCUCGCUGAGAUACGUCUGGAAAGAACAGAUAAGGCUGUGAGAAGACGAGUAGACCGACCUACUUAUCCUUAUCAAUCUGCGCUAGAUUAUAUUGAGUAUCAUGUCCCUCACUCUCGUCCCCUGAACGAGUUAACAUGGGGUGCUUGUGUCCCUUCCUCAUGUCAACCAAGAACGGUGGAACGGCUGCUUGGCAUUAUGUUAGCACGCAGCCAUCUUGGAGCUGCUGGAAUCAAAGCAGACAUCAGCGUCGAUGAACCAUGUCAAAGUGCUGAAGAUGAACUGGAGUAUGAUGCAUUGUUCUAUGCGUUUUUCAUCGUAAUGGGUUCAGUGACGGCUAUCGCUCUGGUUUGCACGUACUUGAACUACCAGAGGGUACAAUUAGACUCAUCCCUAAACUCUGAUUCUAGAGAACCAGACUUCAUAAACGCAUUCUGUUUGAGAGAGAACGCUUCAGAUCUUCUUAGGAUGAGGAAGGAAGGUGUAGAAGUGUUUUACGGGAUUCGAUUUCUCACUAUAUGUCUGAUAGUGAUGGACCAUCAGAUAGGAAUCUCCAAUGCUGGGCCCAUCAGUGAUGGAUUGACUUCUGAUGAGGAGGUGAAUAAAACUACGUUGGGUAUGCUCAUUCUACACGACGAUUUAUUUGUGGAUACAUUCUUCUUACUAUCUGGAUUCCUCACAUUCACGAAUUUGGUGAAGUUAAACAGACUACCAAACCCGCUGCUUAUUAUUCUGAAGAGAUAUGUUAGGUUGGUGGUCGCUCUGGCAGUGGUCAUCUUCUAUAUAUGUGCUGUGCACCCUUACACCGGUACCGGACCUCUAUGGAACAGGGCCAUAGCAUCCGAUACUACGCACUGUCGCAAAAACUGGUGGCUCAAUCUUCUCAUGGUCAACAAUUACAUUGACCCGGAGAAUCUCUGCAUAAUACCUUCGUGGUACAUUCCAUGUGACUUCCACUUCUUCGUGGUGUCCAUCUUGGUGUUCUGCAUCUAUAGAACGUGGCCGAAAUUAGGGAUCACCAUCGCAGGCCUAUUAACGGUUGCGUCUAUUAUUGUACCUGGUGCCGUCAACUAUAUUAAUGAACUGUCUGCUGUUCAACUCUUCACAUUUGAUUUCAUAUUGAACCCUCGCGGCAGCAAAGACUUCAAGUUGACUUACAUCCCGAGUCACACACGGUUCGCCUCAUACCUGGUCGGUUUCUACAUUGGUUAUGUGUUCGUCAAGUACAGCAGUAAAGGCAACCUGGAUAAGAUGAGACAGAAAUGGUCAGUUCUUGGUGCCCUCGCUGCCUUGACACUGAUGUUACUGGUGAUGUUGUUGGGUAGUUCCUACCUGUGGCGCAGUUACCACCCGUUAGAGGGCGCCGUGUAUGCAGCACUAAAUAGACCUGCCUGGGCUCUCGGUGUAGGGUUGUUAGUACUGUGCUGCUCGCUUGGACAUGUCCCAUUUAUAAAGUCAUUCCUGAGCUGGUACCCCUGGGUGCCUCUGAGCAGACUCUCCUACGGCCUGUUCCUGACACAUGCAAUACUAAUUGCAAGGAAUGUCUUAAUUACUAGAAACCCUCAGCAUAAUGAUUACUUUGAAAUUCUGAAUGCAACAAUAGGAGUGAUAUUCUUCGGGUGCCUGGCCGCGCUUGUCAUCUUUUUACUAGCUGAAGCUCCUGCCAACAAAUUAAUGGCUUUGUGCUUGAAAUCUAAAGUCAAAAAGAUGUCGGAUCUAGAAUCGAACCCUGAUCCUAUGAGUACAACCACCAGUAUGAGCACUGUGCCGACAGGCAGCGGGUAUUUAAGCGAGAACUUACCAGGCACAAUACAAUACUCUUCUAAGAUAUAA